GAUUCGCCAUUUUUACUUUAGUGAAGGGACUGUGGAUUUUUAAUUGUCAGGCUGGAGGACGAAGAAUAUUUCGAAAAAAGUGUGUCAUUUCAUUUAAUUUACAGUAGCUGUGACUAUUAUUUGGAAGAAUUUUAGUAUAAUAGUGUGGUUUUAUUUAUUACUAACGUUUGUAUGUAGUGCUAUUUCCCCAUCGUAAGAUUUGCUCGCUGGUGUGUCGCUUUAGCUAAUUCGAUGGCUAUGAUAUUGAAGUGUUAAUCUAACGAGUCGCUUCGACGUUCUCCGCACGGGAUAAUAUCGACAAAGCGAGCGACGCCGUUAGAAAUGAGCAGGCCUCAAGGCGGACGCAUACAAGUCCCAGAUGACCUUAGAGAGAUACUCUUGGAGUUCACCAUAAGUUAUCUGCUAGAGCAACCGGGCGACGUGAUCAACUACGCGGUGGAAUUCUUCACGAGGUUACAAAACAAUAGGACCACGACCAUAGUGCGGGCCCCCGCAGCCGGCACGCCUGAUGAAUCUAUAAUAUCGGAUGAAGAAGAGCCGCCGCCGGCGCGCUUCAACAACCGUCGCAAGUCUGUCUUCGCGGAGACCUACGACCCGGAGGAGGAUGACUCGGACGAGGGCGCCCCGGUCGUGUUCCCGAAGUCGGACGCGCAGCGCGCCCGGCUUGCCGAGGCGGUGCGGGGAAUCCUGUUGUUCCGCUCGCUCGACGCGCAACAGAUGCAACAGGUCCUCGACGCGAUGUUCGAGAAGCGGUCGGAGCCGGGCGAGUACGUGAUCAGGCAGGGCGACGACGGCGACAACUUCUACGUGAUCGAGAACGGCAUGUUCGAUGUGCUCGUCAACGGAGAGGAUGGUGUCGAGAAGGUGGUGCACACGUACGAAGGCUCGGGGUCGUUCGGCGAACUGGCGCUCAUGUACAACAUGCCGCGCGCGGCGUCCGUCCGCGCGCAGACGCCCGGCGCGCUCUGGGCCAUGGACCGCCACACCUUCCGCCGCAUCCUACUCAAGAGCGCCUUCAAAAAACGCAAGCUCUACGAGGAGCUGCUCGACAAAGUGCCCAUGCUUAAGGCUCUUCAGCCGUACGAGCGCGCCAACCUGGCGGACGCGCUGCUCCCGCGCACACUGAUCGACGGCGAGAUGAUCAUCCGGCAGGGCGACACCGCCGACGGCAUGUACUUCGUGGAGGACGGCUCCGUCAGCAUCCGCCUCGCGCGCGACGACGGCAACGAGCACGAGAUCAAGCGCCUCGGCAAGGGCGGUUACUUCGGCGAGCUGGCGCUAGUGACCCACAAGCCGCGCGCCGCCUCCGCGUACGCCGUCGGGCCCGUCAAGCUUGCAUUCCUGGACGUGGAGACGUUCGAGCGGCUGCUGGGCCCGUGCAUGGAGAUCAUGAAGCGCAACAUCGACGAUUACGAGGAGCAGCUGGUGAAGCUGUUCGGCGACAAGUCCAACCUCACCGACGUGCGAUGAACGCGCCAAGCCGCCCCUUCCAAACCGAACACACCGUAAUCUUGCAUCCCUUACCCUCUACACCUCCCUCGAGAUCACGCUGUCCCUGUCCCCCGUCCCUGCUUGACGCAGGCUCAGGUCCGGUACCGAGGCGGGGCUCCUCCUUCCUCCAUUGGUCGUUAAUGUUUUAUAUUUAUAAGCCUCUUUUCCUUUCCGCGUUCGUUAGGAAGAUAGCGUGAUCUCGAUACUUUUUGGAAAGUCCGUUUUGUGCUCAUCGAGCUCGCUUGACGCUUGUGUAAUAAUCUAUAUUUUCGCUUAACCGCUACUAAUGUUCGUUGGGACGAGGUACAAAAUUUGAUAGCAAAAUGUACAUUGAUUUGUAAAAAGUCAGUGCCAUGUUAAUUGAGUUAUUCGAUAAUGUAUCGUGGGAUAGAUUACGAGUUGAAUGGAAGGGGAGACGACAAACACGAGCGCUCAACGAUAUUGCAUUGAUACAAAAAUACGCUUAUUUUAGAUAGAGAACUGCCUUAGUAGCUAUGUAAAUUUAAGAAACAGUCACGAGCGCCACGAGCAGGGUGGUCGCUAGAAACACACUGGCGAAGGAUACUAUCAAGUCAAAUGUUCCAGUGAACUGAUUAAUCAGCAAUAUUAUCGAUGUAACUAACUUAUAAUGACCAAAAUUCGUUUUAAGACUUUAUUUCAAGUAUUGCUCACGUUAUGUGCCAUAAAAUUUAUGUGACCGGUAUUGGGUUAGUAUUAAAAAUGUAACUAGAUUAACAUAGACUUUGUCUGUGUGUUUCGACGACCGCCGACUAGCGAAGAAAUCAGACUGUGACGGGGACAAGGCAAUAGUGUAAUUUGUAUCGAGGGGUAUAUUGGACGGAUUGACGUUGGCAAUGCAAUACUUUUCGGCGCUCGAUCGUGUCUUAACUAAAGUUGCGAUUUUCUCUACACUGUCGCCGUUUUCUAUUAAUAUUUAAGAUAUUUUCACUGACACGGGCUUUUCUGGAUAGAGUAUACCUGUAGGUAAAGUUACUAGUUUAAUUUUACUCGUGAUUAGAUCAAAUCUACUCACAUACUAUAUUUAUUUAUGUUAUCUCUGUUAAUGUAUUCUACUACUUUUGUGUAAUGUAUGUAUAUUGAGAACGUAUAUCGCGUGGUUCGGAUAUUGAAUGCCAAAUUAAAGUAGUAACAUGUUUGUAAUUGUUACUGGAAAUGCCAAUUUAAAAGUAUCACUCGGGCUAUUCAAUAUUGUAAGUGAGAGGUCACUCGACCCGUAGCGAUCGGGAAAUCGUGGUAAUCGUAUCAGAACUAUAUUUUAUUUUACAAAGAUGAACAUAUAUUAUUUGUAAAAUGAUUGUUUAGGGAGAGAAUUAUUUUUGUGUUCACUUUUGGUGUUGAGGUUUUUUGUAGUAGUGAGUUCCUAUUGUUUUGUUUUGCUCAUUAACAUUUUACGUGAAAGAUCUGAGGUAUGCCAACUGGACGGAGGCUCGGUUGCUAACACCGGAGAAGGCUACUGUCGCCUUGCGAAUAAGGAUAUCUAUGUAUCAAGACGAACACUGAACAUGAGCACGUGUCGUGCUCGGCGCGGUGUGGUCUGAACACGAGCACGUGUCGUGCGCGGCGCAGUGUGGUCUGAACACGAGCACGUGUCGUGCGCGACACGGUGUGGUCUGAACACGAGCACGUGUCGUGCGCGGCACGGUGUGGUCUGAACACGAGCACGUGUCGUGCGCGACGCAGUGUGGUCUGAACACGAGCACGUGUCGUGCGCGGCACGGUGUGGUCUGAACACGAGCACGUGUCGUGCGCGGCGCAGUGUGGUCUGAACACGAGCACGUGUCAUGCGCGGCACGGUGUGGUCUGAACACGAGCACGUGUCGUGCGCCGCACGGUGUGGUCGCGGCAGCACAAGUAACCCUCAGGUAAAAGUUUCCAGUAUUAUAAAUUAAAAUUAGAAAAUGGUACAACCUUAUUCUAAUCUAAAUCCAGCCAAAGUAGUGGAAUGCGUAAAGAUCAUCAUGUGUGUAGCACUAAAUUUUAAUGAUUAAGUCUAUGUUUACGUAGCUGUUAGUUUCUUCACUUAUUAUUGUAAUUAAAUAUCGUUAGACUAGGUGAAUGAGCAUAGACGUUAAAUCCUGAGGGGUAAGGACGUGCCGGUUUGAUGCCAUGUGCUAAAUGUACAAAUUUAUUUCUGCUGCCAUAGAAGAUUGAUUAUAUUGUUUUAUUUAAUUGAAGAAUUUACUAAUGAAUUAUAAUGUUAAUAAUUUUAUUUUGAUUGUUAGAUUAUCAUAUUAGCUAUAUAGCUAAUAUGAUAUUAAUUUUUAACAAGCAGAAACGUCUGCGAUCGAUGCUAUUAAGCUUAGAAUAAAUUUAAAAGUGAGUUCAAGUCUCACCCAAGGCAGUAAUUUUUCCACUUUUAAAUUUAAUAUGAUAUUGUGAAUAUUCAGAGCUUUUAUAAGAAAUUUGUCAAUAAGAUUAUUCAAAUUGCGUCUCUGUCCCGUGCUUUUAGCUUUCGUUAACUGGUCUGUCAUAAUUUGACGUUUGUUUCGAUAUAGCUUAAUACAUUCCCAUGCUGCUGUUUAUAAUAGUAUGAUUAUAAUGCAUAUAUAUUUUAUUUAGUUUUUAUUGAUACAAUUUUAAUUUAUUUGUUAAUCAAUGAAGAGGGCAAAAUUCUCACUUAAAGUGCCUAUUUUCAUAGAAACAUCAAUCCGGAAACAACAAGCCUUUCUCACUAACAACUAAAUGUUAAUCUCGUGUUUUCACUUCUUAAACUGCCUUUUUCUAUGUGAAAUGUGUUGUGAGAUAUGUGUAUUUAGUGCCAUCAGAUAUAACUACUGACCAAUUCUUUUAAUAAGUACAAUAAUCCAAUUUGUACCCUUGUUUUCAUACUGAGAUCUUCAUCGAUAGACAUGACAAAUUAUACAUGGUUACAUUAACACCUUGCAUAAAUAAAAUACCUUUUAUAUGACAGUUUGAUUGUACGUAGUGUUCCAGAGUAUUAAAAGUUUCGGUCUUUAGUAGCUCCAGUGGAUCGUGCGCGUGCGCGUGUGUGUGUGACGUCACUGAGUUCCCUUCUGUGGUACAUUAUGUUAUGACGUUUGAUAUUGUUGGGUACCGUGACCCGUGUAUAACGUUGUGUUUGUUACCUUACCUGUACAGGUGGGCGUUGCGUCACGACACGUGUGUGUCCCCGGUGUAUCAGUCCCAGUAGCUGUUAAUUAAUAGUAUUGUGCAAUAACUAAUUACUGUCAUUAUUCUAUGUCGUUUUACAUCAAUAUCAUGUGUUAAAUUUUAUGUCAGUGUGGAAUUUAUUUAUAGAUUUUAAUAAAUCAUAGUAUACUUAAGAUAUAAAUCUUUCUCUUUAUACUGAUGUCUAAAACGUGCACUGUUUAGCAUCGCGUGAGUGUACCUACUAGGAGAGGCAAAAUUAACUACGAGUGUAUAUUCGGUUUCUUGGAGAUUUGAAUCCAAUAUAAUCGGCUCUCAGUAUAUGGAUUGGAUACUUGCACAAAAUAUAACUGGACGAAUGGAGAUGUCUCGAUUCUGUUGUCUUCCACGGGACGCACAGAGUACCGCCGCGUCUCCGAGCCGGUCACCGAUCUCCGGCAUUCUAAUGUAAAAUUGGAAUUAAAUACGCUUAACCGUAGCGUAAUUUUUAUAAAUUACUAGUCAUUGGUGUCUAAUGUAGAUUUGUAACCUGACGGCACGUUGAAAUUUGGAGCCUAUUCCAUAUGUUCACAUUAACUAUAAGUGGUCAUACCUGUUCCAUGAAAAGUAAAGCAUAUCAGCGCGGCGCUCGCCGCCCCCAUGUUUAAAUAUUAUUGCACCACGUACGGUAGCCAGUUGAAAACUAGUACCGCUUUUCCCACGUCAUGAGCUUACCCUGUACAUUUAUAAAAAUUAUGUAUCGUAAAAUGUUAGAAAACUGGAUUAUAUUUGUUUGUAGAUCUAAAA